AUGUGUAUAGAUUACCGGCAAUUGAACAAGGUUACAAUCAAGAAUAAGUAUCCGCUGCCGAGGAUUGAUGAUUUGUUCGAUCAGCUUCAGGGUGCCAAGGUAUUUUCAAAUAUUGACUUGAGAUCUGGCUACCAUCAGUUGAAGAUUAGGGCAUCCGAUGUCCAUAAGACAACUUUCCGCACACUGUACGGGCAUUAUGAGUUCUUGGUGAUGUCGUUCGGGUUGACAAAUUCCCCAGCAGCUUUUAUGGAUUUGAUGAACCGAGUGUUUAGGCCUUACUUGGAUUCGCUCGUGAUAGUCUUUAUUGAUGAUAUUUUGAUAUAUUCCCGCAGCCGGGAGGAGCACAAACAGCAUCUUAGAGUGGUUCUUCAGACUUUAAGGGACAGUCAGUUGUACGCCAAGUUUUCGAUCCCAGUGCUGUUAACUUCGGGCCGUAGGUUGGAGGCUAUUUUUAGUUCACGUGGAGAUCCAAGAGAUCUUACUCGAACGGCCAUAGGUGGCCGGAAAAUAUGGCAUGAGACCGGAGAUGGGAGUAGACCGUCUCAGGGUCACUUGAGAGCCUCCACUGGUGACACGGGUGUGAAAGACGGAUCCAUAAGGUUGAUAAGAGGUGGAAACUUCAUGGUUUCCGGUGAGGAGAUGGCCGGAGAGGGGAGAGACAGAGCUCAGGAGACGAAGGUUCUAGAGAGAGUUGAGAGGAUUCAGAGAGACGGGUGA